AUGGACAACCUUCCUGAAGAAAUCAGCCCCAAGAGAACAAAAAGAUGGAUGGAAGCAAUGCCAGGGGACAAUUAUAUUCCUGAAGAAGUCAUUCACGACAUCCUGCUGCACUUGCCCAGCAAUUCUCUACUCAAAUGCACUAGUGUGCAAGUCACGGAGUUCUCUCUGAUCCGAAGCUCUGCCUUCAUUCACACCCACCUCAGCCACGCAAUCAUCAAAUCCGAUAACCAAAACGACGACGCUCAGUUCCUCCUGCUACAGUAUUUCAAUGCAACUCUGUCAUUGCAUUGGGAUCGCAGCCCUACAUUUAGUGAGUAUUCUAAGCUCAUAAAUCCAUUCGUUGCUUACAAUGAACUCCAAGGACGUCCAAAAGACAAUUUAGAUUUAAGGGUCCGCACGGUCAAGGUGGUCGGAAGUUGUAACGGGCUAGUAUGCCUCCAUCCAUCACCGCCUUACCACGUUAAUUUGGAACCCGUGGGCUCCUGGAGGAGUGUUGUUACUCCAAACUUUGUCCAUGAAAUGCUUCCCAGUACAAUGUCAGGCCCUGUGAUUGAACCGGCUUUUGUUAAUGGUGCCAUGCGUUGGAUUCAGGAUCGUGUGGAUGAGAAUGUGAUUUUGUCUUUUGAUUUGUCCACUGAAUCAUUUGGCAAGAUCCUGUUGCCCAAUGCAGAUUCAAGAAUCAAAUUUAGGAUGUUUGUAGAUUUUCAAGAUGCGGAGACUCCCUUGCUUUCUUUGAGAAUAAUAGAAUUCGGAGCACUGCCUUGGUUUCUUUAA